GAAAAGGGUUAAUAUCUUUGUCGAAACAAACCUAGCCCCAGUUACUUCUUUUCUCCAUCUUUCCUUUUCUUCUCUCUAAUCACCGACGUCCAGAGAGACGCUCCUCGCUACCGAUCCCUAUUCAUCUUGGUUUAUGAGCUCGAAGGAGAAGCCCACUCUUGGUGGUACGCGGAUUAAGACCCGCAAACGGAAUAUUGCAGCGCCUCUGGACCCUGCAGCUUUUGCUGAUGCAGUGGUCCAGAUUUAUUUGGAUAAUGCUGGUGAUCUGGAACUUAUCGCUAAGAGCAUUGAACCUUCUGAGCUUAACUUCUCAAGAUACGGUGACACCUUAUUUGAGGUCAUUUUCACUGGGGGUCGUACACAACCUGGCACAACAAAACCUGAUGAGGGGGAGCGCCACCCUUACUCUAUAAUAGACUGUGAGCCUACUCGUGAAACCAUCUUACCAUCUGUGAUCUACAUACAGAAAAUUUUGCGGCGAAGGCCAUUUCUCAUUAAGAAUCUCGAAAAUGUCAUGCGAAGAUUCCUGCAGUCACUGGAGCUUUUUGAGGAAAAUGAGAGGAAGAAACUUGCCAUAUUCACAGCACUUGCUUUCUCCCAGAAGCUUUCAGGGCUUCCACCGGAGACUGUGUUCCAGCCAUUGCUCAAGGAUAAUCUUGUGGGCAAAGGGCUAGUUCUCUCAUUCAUCACCGAUUUCUUUAAGGAGUAUCUGGUUGAUAACAGUCUUGAUGACUUAAUUGCAAUUCUGAAGCGGGGGAAAAUGGAGGACAAUCUUCUGGAAUUCUUCCCAUCUGCAAAACGGUCUGCUGAAGGUUUCUCAGAACAUUUUACUAAGGAGGGGCUGACAUCCUUGGUUGAAUACAAUGAGAAGAAAAUUUUUGAGGUAAAACUGAAGGAAAUGAAGUCUGCAUUAACAACCCAGAUAACGGAAGAAACUGAUGUGUCCGAAGUCAUAGAAACUGUGAAGCAACGUGUGACUGAUGCUAAAUUGCCAGACAUUGAGGUUGUGCGAAUCCUCUGGGAUGUCUUAAUGGAUGCUGUUCAGUGGUCUGGGAAGAAUCAGCAGCAAAAUGCUAAUUCAGCUUUGCGCCAGGUGAAAACAUGGGCCAAACUGUUAAAUACCUUCUGCACCAAUGUGAAACUUGAGUUGGAACUCAUGUACAAGGUUCAAAUGCAAUGCUAUGAGGAUGCGAAGCUGAUGAAGCUUUUCCCUGAGAUUGUGAGGUCUCUCUAUGAACAAGAUGUGCUUGUAGAAGACACCAUUCUUCAUUGGUUCCGCAAAGGAACUAAUCCCAAGGGCAGGCAAACCUUUGUGAAGGGGCUGGAGCCCUUUGUGAAUUGGCUGGAAGAGGCUGAGGAAGAGGAUUAAGUGCUGCGGAUCACAUGGGUUGUGGCUCCUUUUCCAUGUUAUAAAUUAGCUAUAGCUAUCAACUUCUGAGAUGUCUCAACUCUUUAUAAUUUCUCUUUCUCGUUACCUGCCAAUAACAUCAUUUAGUGUGUUUGUUGAUGUGAUGUGAUAUAUGAUAAAACAGUUUUAUGGCUUUUAUUACUUGCAAUAAUCUAACAUCUCAAUUGUACUCUCC